UGCGCUUGUACCGCUAUUGACGACUCAAUCUGUUCAUCCUAUGAUCUCGUUGCCUCGUCGUUACACGAUGGCUAGUUGCAGUGCCGAGACGCUUAGUCUGGUACUACGACGUUAGGAUCUAUUCCUUAGCCACUCCUUUUUAUUUUCUCUUCUAUGUGCGAUCCUAGUACCACAGAAGAAGGCAGGCCCAAAGGGAUAGUUGACUUAUCCUUCUCUGCGAGUCCGUUUGGUCAAGGACAUCCCAAAACCAGGAGUCCAAAAUGUCAUUCAUCUCUCCCUUCAUCUUUAUCACUCACUUCUGCACGUCCCUCUUUCGAACAUCAUGAUACAGAUACUUCUUCCGCAAGAUCAAUAAGAAGCCCGUCUCCUUCUUCGCCUAUCUUUCCAACGCCUUUCGCCCUCCCUCCCCCCCACCGUACCAGUGCAACCUCCAUAUCAUCGUCCUCGCGGAACACGCCACUUUCUGCACCCUCACCACUUUCUCCGACGAAUGUUAUUUUCCGAACUAUCACCGUUACUGAGCCUCCUGUGACUCGUACCAAGACUCUGGUCAUAACCGCAACACUGCCCCCCAUAACAGCGACCAUUACUGAAACAGCUCGCCUUACGACGACGCUCCCUCCCACAACACAGACCGAAAUCAUACUGAUUCAAUCUACGGAGACUAAAACAACGACCAUCACCCAAACUGAGACAGCAACACCACCAACAAAAUCUACCUCUCCACAAAAAGACUCUGUCAGUAAGAUACUUGUUGCUGGAGGUAUCUCCGGUAUCGUGCUAGUAAUCCUGGACCUUAUCAUUCUGCUCGUUCUUCUGUGUCGAUACCUAUUUCGGCGACGCAAAAACCGGGGAGCUUCUGACGUGUCGAACAUCCCACCUUCGCCAGUGUCCCGUCUAUCUCGCUCACACGACAGCCCUUCUUCAUCGACAUUCAUGGCUUCCGUGAGAAGCCGUGACGAUCCGUAUCCAAGAACCAUCAGACAUGAUGGUACUAGGAGCCGUGUCUCGAUGAUUCCAAAUGGUGAUCUACCGUUAGGCCCAUCAGAAGCAGAAUACAGACCUUCUAAUAACACUUUUGCUGGUCCGUUAGACAUGGAAUGGACUUAUGGGUUAAGAAGACAGGGUAUGGACUCGAGAGAGGCCAGUACGCCACGGAGUAGGUUUUCGGACCCUACAGUCUCGUCGGGACAGCUCAGCACCACCAGGAAAAAGAGCUUAUGGUCUGUCUUUCGCAUUAGGGGAUUCGACCGUAGAAAGAGUACUGCUUCAAAUUGUUAGCAUAUGUACCCACAGCCGAGGAUCGAGAUCGGCGUCCAUGCCUAUACUAGGAUAUUUCCGGGAAUUAAUUUUCGCGCUUCAUAACGAAUUUGAAUUUAUGAUCUUAUGUCUGUUUUCAGGCAAUAAAUUCCAGGGGUAACUUAACUUGUCUUCGUACAGCUUCGUACCUCAUCAUGUCAUAACUUCACACUAUUGAACUGCGUAUCGAUAGGUGGGACCCUGUGGAGCCCUAGCUUGCUCCGACGGACGUGUUAUCACCUAAAUUAGAAUAUACGAGCGUACAAGACGCCAGAUUUGUCAGAUUUGUGCCAGAGAAAUUAUAGAACUAACGUCACACAAAUGCUCGG